UAAUUUUGUGAUGACAUCACAGUGAGUACCACGGUGACAAGCGAACGGUGAAUUGUACAAAGAGGAGCGUUGAUUGGCUUUCUCAAAAUAACUGGCACGCAGAGAAAAACAUUCAUCGCAGACGCGGCUGAUUUUUUAUUUAUUUGGUUUUUUUUAAGAAUAUUGUCCGUUUAAUAAAGAAGUAUUGGAACGCGUUUUUAACUACAGUGUUAUUUGCUUUCUAAUUGUAUUUGCAAUAUACAGAGUGGCUGUUUUUUGACUGUAGCCUGUGUUUACUACUGGGGUUAAAACUAGCAGCCGGCUUCCAAGAGAUGAUGUCAAGGGCGCACCAGACCAAAUAAUUUACACAUAAAAAAAAAAUGAAACAGAACGGAUUUAUCAGACAUCAUCAAAGAAUGACGUUGCUUUAAUUGUCAACAAUAAGCGCAUUCCACAUUCAAGAAUAUAUAUAUAUAGAAACGUCUGAAUGAACGAGGUCGCUGGAUGCGCAAGCUGUAAGUGAGAAUCGGCAGCGGUGAAAACUCCAGAUAUCCAGACACUCUCCACCAAGAGAAGCUGAUGCAGAGGUGUGCUGGAGACUCCUUCACAAGCGCGGUGAAUCACGUAAACACCAGACCCAAGACCAGAGGUGUGCUGGAGACUCCUUCACAAGCGCGGUGAGUCACGUAAACACCAGACCCAAGACCAGAGGUGUGCUGGAGACUCCUUCACAAGCGCGGUGAAUCACGUAAACACCAGACCCAAGACCAGAGGUGUGCUGGAGACUCCUUCACAAGCGCGGUGAAUCACGUAAACACCAGACCCAAGACCAGAGGUGUGCUGGAGACUCCUUCACAAGCGUGGUGAGUCACGUAAACACCAGACCCAAGACCAGAGGUGUGCUGGAGACUCCUUCACAAGCGCGGUGAGUCACGUAAACACCAGACCCAAGACCAGAGGUGUGCUGGAGACUCCUUCACAAGCGCGGUGAGUCACGUAAACACCAGACCCAAGACCAGAGGUGUGCUGGAGACUCCUUCACAAGCGCGGUGAAUCACGUAAACACCAGACCCAAGACCAGAGGUGUGCUGGAGACUCCUUCACAAGCGUGGUGAGUCACGUAAACACCAGACCCAAGACCAGAGGUGUGCUGGAGACUCCUUCACAAGCGCGGUGAGUCACGUAAACACCAGACCCAAGACCAGAGGUGUGCUGGAGACUCCUUCACAAGCGCGGUGAGUCACGUAAACACCAGACCCAGGACCAGAGGUGUGCUGGAGACUCCUUCACAAGCGCGGUGAGUCACGUAAACACCAGACCCAAGACCAGAGGUGUGCUGGAGACUCCUUCACAAGCGUGAGUGAAAAUGGUCCAGAAGUACCAGUCACCGGUCCGGGUCCACAAGUACCCCUUUGAAAUGGUCAUGGCGGCCUAUGAAAGGAGGUUUCCGACCUGCCCCCAGAUCCCAGUGUUCCUGGGCAGCGAGAUUCUCAGUGAAAGCAGGAGUGUGGACGGAUCUCUCCACGUUCUGGAAAGGAGCUGCAAACUCAAUGUGGAUGCGCCCCGGCUCCUCAAAAAGAUCGCAGGUGUGGAGUUUGUCUACUUCAUUCAGAAAAACACAUUAAACUGGAUGGAGAGGACACUGCUCAUCGAAGCACACAAUGAAACCUUUUCCAACAGAGUCACCGUCAAAGAGACCUGCAGUUACAGUGUCCACCCUGAAAACGAAGACUGGACCUGUUUUGAGCAGUCCGCCUCCUUGGAUAUCAAAUCCUUCUUUGGCUUCGAGAACACUGUGGAGAAGAUUGCAAUGAAACAGUACACUGCCAACAUCAAGCGGGGUAAAGAAGUGAUCGAGUAUUAUCUGAAUGAGCUGAGAGCGGAGGGUGUGGCUGUGAUUCCCCGCUGGCGCCCCCCGGAGAAGAGAAUCCUGGCUUCACCCACCCUGCCCCGCCCCGCCCCUCUCCCAGAGUCCCGGGCGGAGCUGGAGGUGUUGGAACCCAGCAGCACAGAGCCGACUGCACCCGACGCAGACAAGUUGCAUGCAGAUUACAUUGAGAGGUACCUGGGCCAGCUGACCCCGAUGCAGGAGAGCGGUCUGAUCCAGCUGAGACGCUGGCUGCAGGAAACACACAAAGGAAAGUCAGAAGCUGGUGAAUGGAAACCAGAAAAGAUCCCUAAAGACGAGCACAUCCUGCGCUUCCUGCGUGCCCGGGACUUCAACAUGGACAAGGCGCGGGAGAUGCUGUGCCAGUCGCUCACGUGGCGCAAGCAGUACCAGGUGGACUACAUCCUGGAGAUGUGGCGGCCGCCCAGCUUCCUGGAGGAGCACUACGGGGGAGGCUGGCACUUCCACGACCGGGACGGGCGCCCGCUGUACAUCCUGCGCCUCGGACAGAUGGACACCAAAGGGUUGGUAAAAGCUUUGGGAGAAGAGGCGCUGCUGAGACAUGUUUUAUCGAUCAAUGAAGAGGGACAGAAAAGAUGUGAGGAAAAUACGAAGAUAUUUGGUCGACCGAUCACGUCUUGGACAUGUUUGGUGGACCUGGAAGGGUUAAACAUGAGGCACCUGUGGAGGCCGGGGGUGAAAGCGCUCCUGCGGAUUAUUGAAGUCGUUGAAGCCAAUUACCCCGAGACCCUGGGCCGGCUCCUGAUUGUCCGAGCGCCGCGCGUCUUCCCCGUGCUCUGGACCCUGGUCAGCCCCUUUAUAAAUGAGAACACGCGUCAGAAGUUCCUCAUCUACAGCGGGAGUAGCUACCAGGGAGGAGGGGGGCUGGUAGACUACAUUGACAAGGAGAUGAUUCCAGAUUUCUUGGGAGGAGAGUGUCUGUGUAACGUCCCGGAAGGAGGGCUGGUGCCCAAGUCUCUGUACCAGACUGAGGAGGAGCUGGAGAACCCUGAUCACAUCAGACUCUGGACUGAGACCAUCUACCAGUCUGCAAGCAUCUUCAAGGGAGCGCCGCACGAGAUUGUUCUUGAAAUUCUAGAAGGCUGCUCGGUGAUCACCUGGGACUUUGACAUCCUGAAAGGCGACGUGGUGUUUAACAUAUUCCACUCGAAGCUCUCGCCCCAGACCCCGAGGAAGGACCCCGCAGUGCUGCCCCCCGGAGGAAACAACGUGCAGCUGAUCGAGAGGAGCUGGGUGCUGGGGGCGGAUUACAGCAUGGUGGAGUCCCCUCUCACGUGCAGGGAGGGGGACAGCAUUCAGGGCUCUCACAUCACGCGCUGGCCUGGCUUCUACAUCCUGCAGUGGAAGAUGAAGGGGCCUCCGUCCUGCACAGCCACAGCGCUGCCCCGUGUGGACGACAUGCUCGCCACCUUGCAGGUCUCCUCUCACAAGUGCAAAGUCAUGUACUACACCGAGGUGCUGGCAUCCCAAGACUUCAGGGGGUCGAUGACGAGUCUCGAAUCGUGUCACAGUGGAUUCUCGCAGCUCAGUGUGAGCACCACGUCUUCCAGCCAAUCACAGAGCAGCUCCCUCAUCUCCAGAUAGUGCUGCGCGAACGCGCAGAGGAGGGGAGCGAGUGCAACAUGAGCCAUACAGCGAAAGGGCUGCUAACAAGAGAAGAACAGUGUCCUCCAGUGACCCUGGAGCAGGUAUUGAGAACAAUACACGCACUUGAACUCAAAUCACUGGGCAGAAUUAAAAAGUCAUAGCGAUUCUCACUUUGCUUAUUUGCUGUAGAUACUAACUUACUUGCGAUCCCUGUGCUGUGAUUCUGGUUUGCGUACGUACGGUAAAACAUGUUUAUCUAUCGAUGUGCUCAACUAUAAAGUUGCACUUUAAGAAUAAUAAUUGCAUGUUUGACAAAAAAUGAUUUAACAAGAACACCUGCUGCAGAUUUUAGAGUAGAGCUCUCUGUGUUCAGCGUCUCUCUAGAUACUGUUUGAGAGAUCAGGGUAAUCCUGGGAUAAAAUCCUUACUCAGUGACUACUGUGCGGAUGAACUAGCGACAAACCUCAACCUCGUUGGUUCAGCAGACACUUUUUUAAAAUGCAGUGGUAUUUUAGAAAUAAUUCAAAUAACUUGUUUUAAAACUAAACAAAAUGUGGUGGCUUCACCUUACUGCACACACAAUGCACUGAGCAAUAACAGAAAUGACUUGUAAAGAUUUGAUUCAUUAAGAAACUUGCUUACACUGUGUUAGUUAUGCCUGUAUGAAUGCUACAAGGUAUGUGAAACGAUAUGCUUACUGUGUUCCUUCUGUUUCAGUUAGAGAAUAGUGCUGCUUUCCCUCAGAAGCAUUUACUUCUGUAAUUCAUCUUAUAAGAAUCUUAACAAGAGGGCCAGUACAAAUACCAAUAUACUGUGGAAGAUUUCUAUAAAAUACAUUUAUUUCAAUGUGGUGUGUCACCUCAAGCCAUACUGUUGUGUUUUGUAGAGUUUGGGGGGAAAUCAAAUGCAAUUCGGGGUUUUAAAUGGUGUUUACUUGUGCAGUACUAAAAGGGCUUUUUGUAUGAAGUUAGCAAUAAGAUUAUUUGUCGCCUUGUUUGCUGAAGAGGGCUAGCGUUUGAUUCAGGAAGUGUGGAUCCGAAUAACUGCCUUAUCUCCACUGGCAGUAGUUUAAUAACACCUACUAUUGAAAACAAGUUUAAAAGACUGAUCUUUCGAUAUUCAAAAAGCACAUCUUUGUGGUGAAAAUGGUUUGGAUUUUUAUAAGAGUAGUCUUACCUUACUACAAACUGCAAACACAGCUUUCUCAGUCUCCUGUGCUGCAGUACAGAGGAGCUCACAAGUAGAUCUGUAGUGACCUGUGACAAGUCUCUGUAUAAUAUAUAAAUUCACACAUGUUCUAUUUUAAUAAUGUAAUGAUUAGAUACUAGCGUUAACAAUGAUGGCAGAGGUGUGUUCCUAUAUCAUUGUGCAUUAUGAAGUGUAAAAUGAUAUUGAAUGAUUUGAAAUUUGAGUCCUGUAAGUUACACUUUCAAUGGUGUUUUGAAUGCAUUUAACUAAUGAUUUAUUGAAAGACUCAUUGCACCCUAAGCUUUUUGUUUCUGCAAUAAAAACGUGUUUGUG